AUGUUGAACGAUAAUUACGGUUAUGUGGUAAUUGAUCAAGCGAAUCACACGAUGUUUGCAGUAGAUCCUGCUGAGUCUUGUAAGAUUAUGACAGUCGUAAAGGAGGAGGAGAUGACACGAAAGCGCGAGUUUCUUGGUGUCUUGACAACGCACAAACACGUAGAUCAUGCUGGAGGUAAUAAGGACAUAGCAAGACAAUAUCCAGGUGUCAUGAUUGCUGGACCGGAACAAGAGCUGAUUCCAGCACGGAAUUACCCUGUGAAUGGAGGUGAUACGUUCAAGAUUGGAGCAGCUAAUGUUCAAGUGCUGAAUGUGUCAUGUCAUACAAAGGCGCAUGUAGCGUACGUUGUCACGGGUGAUGCUGAGACGCCACCGCUGCUGUUUUCAGGUGACACGCUGUUUGUUGGAGGCUGUGGACGCUUUUUUGAAGGAACUGCUGAGGAUAUGUACAGAGCACUGUAUGAAGUGAUUGCUACGCUGCCGAGGGAUACUAAGGUAUACUGCGGUCAUGAGUAUACGAUGUCAAAUCUACGCUUUGCUCUUAGCGUAGAUCCAUCCAAUCAAGCACUGCGCGACAAGAUCUCAGCUGUUCGUAUUCGUCGGGCAAAGAACUUGCCGAGCGUCCCGUCCUCAUUGCAUGAAGAAAUGCUUUACAACCCUUUUUUGCGGGUGCAUGACGAAACGAUUCGCAAUGCAGUUGGUGGAACAGACCCAGUCAGCGUUCUUGAAAAUCUUCGCCGGCGCAAGGACUCGUUUGAGUAA